CAGCAGGUUUCCUGUGGGCACAGUCAGUAGUAACUGCGCAAGGGAGAGCACCAGGCGCUCAGACACUCUAGCACGUUGCUGCCUUGCGUCUUCACCCUGGCCAGUGCUCCUUCAUGUAGGCGGCGGUGCUCCUGGUUUGCAGAUGGCAGAGCUGAGGCUUACAGUUGAGAUUACGUUUAGUGCUUUUGAGGACUGGCAUGAGGAGGGUGUUUGUCUCAAUCACUACUCUCUCCGUGGCCUUGCUUUCUCUUACUAACGGAUGAUGACUUCAUAAAGAGAAAAGACAAAGCCAUCCAGACAGUCGUUGACCUCUCGGAUGCUUACAAGCCCCGGCGAAAGUACAGACGGCAGCAGGGAGCAGAGGAGCUACUGGACGAGGAGUCCCGGGUCCACUCCACGCUUCUGGAAUAUGGCAGGAGACACGGCUUUAGUCGUCAGAGCAAGACAGAGAAGGCUGAGGACAAGAAAACAGCGCUUGCUGCGGGGCUCUCAGCUGCAGAGAAAACGGAUGCUCACGAGGAAGAUGAGCUUCAAGCAGCUGAGGAGCAACGAAUUCAGUCACUGAUGACCAAGAUGACCGCCAUGGCAAAUGAGGAGAGCCGUCUCACCGCAAGCUCCGUGGGCCAGAUCGUGGGUCUCUGCUCCGCCGAGAUCAAACAGAUUGUGUCUGAGUACGAAGGGAAGCAGUCUGAGCUGUCCGCUGAAGAAAGUCCAGAGAAAUUAGGAACCUCCCAACUGCAUCAGCGGAAGGUCAUUUCCUUGAAUAAACAGAUUCUGCAGAAGACCAAACAUCUAGAAGAGCUGCAAGCGAAUCAUACCAGCCUCCAAGCCAAGUACAGCGACAAGAAGAAGACGCUGACAGAGCUGAAGAAUCACGGUGAGAAACUAGACCAAGAGCAGGCAGCCCUGGAGAAGUUAGAAGCCAAAGCCGACCCGAGCAUUCUGCAGAACCUGAGAGCACUCGUCGCCAUGAAUGAAAGUCUGAAAAGCCAGGAACAGGAGUUUAAAGCGCACUGCCGGGAGGAGAUGGCUCGGCUCCAACAGGAAAUUGAGAUCCUGAAAGCCGAGAGAGCGCCAGGCGAGAAGACUAUCUCCAGCGGAGAGCCGCAGGGUGCCCUGACCUCCACCAUGACUCACAAUGAGGACCUGGACAGACGGUACAACAUGGAAAAAGAGAAGCUGUACAAGAUCCGGUUACUACAGGCAAGAAGAAAUCGAGAAAUAGCGAUUUUGCACCGCAAGAUUGAUGAAGUGCCCAGUCGAGCAGAGCUGAUACAGUAUCAGAAGCGAUUUAUUGAGCUCUACCGUCAGAUUUCCGCGGUGCACAAGGAGACCAAGCAGUUCUUCACUUUGUACAAUACCCUGGAUGACAAAAAGGUUUAUCUAGAAAAGGAGAUUAGCCUGCUAAACUCAAUUCAUGAGAACUUCUCACAAGCCAUGGCCUCCCCUGCUGCCCGGGACCAGUUUUUAAGGCAGAUGGAACAGAUCGUCGAAGGCAUUAAACAAAGCAGGAUGAAGAUGGAAAAGAAGAAGCAGGAGAACAAGAUGAGAAGGGACCAGUUGAACGAUCAGUACUUGGAGCUCCUGGAAAAGCAGCGGCUCUACUUCAAGACUGUAAAAGAGUUCAAAGAGGAGGGCCGAAAGAAUGAGCUAUUACUGUCUAAGAUCAAAGCCAAGGCCUCCUGAAAAAUCCUCCUCCAUUUCGGUAUGACAUUGAUAUUUUUUUAAUGACGUGUAUAGACUACGGGAUCUUGAGAUGGUUCUGCAGAUGAUGGCGGAGAGGUGCAGGAGGAUUGAUUUCAGCUCUGCAGACGGAUGUUCUCUUUCUCCUACUUGUUUCAUUUCCAUCUCUUCUGGCUACGGCUGAUGGACUCAGAGUAACACCAUGGUGUGGAUGACACAUAGAAACCUACGAAGAAGCGUGGGCAGUGCCCACUCUCUCAGUCCAUUCAACUUCUAUUUCUUCAGUGACAUUGCAUUUAUGAAGGUACCCGGAUGUGUGAGGCCCUGAAAAUAAAGAGCUUUAUGUUCAGCAAGUAUUGAGCAACUGCUCAGAAAUAAACCCUGAGGUAAAUGCAGCUGACACUGUUCCUGCCCCUCUGGCAUCUAGUAGGGGCUCAAAGAGCAGAUACAACCCUCUUGCCCCCAGAAACCUGUCCCCUGAGAUCUUUCAGAAGGCUGCUGGGUAAGCAGCCAGCCCAUUCACCUACCGUUGUGCCUUUUGUUCUGGCUUCUCACAGUGCGUACGGGCUGGGCUGGGGUGCAGGGCAGUUAGCCCACAGGUGUAGAGACAGAAGCGGGUGAGGCUCGGGUUUACUAGAGUCCACCCAUUUGUGUUGUGGAGACUGAUACAAAGUGACCAUGCUUUGGUGUGGCCUUGGUAUGUCCUGCCCUCAGGCUGGUGAGGGAAACAUGUGAGGGUGGCUCCAGUGUGGCUCCUUUAACCCUGCAUGAGGCCCAGGCUUACUUGAUGGGAAGAUUGUAAAUGCACCUUUCACUGAGGACACUUCAGUAAGAGUUGAAGCUCUCCAUAUGCACAGGUCAGACAAGGGGAAAGACAGCAGGUGCUGCGCAUGGAGGAAAAGAAGGCAAGAAGCCUCCACGGAGCAAACAGCAUUUGGGCGAGAGCUGAAAGGAAUAGGAUGUUAGCUGUGGUGGGAAGGAGGGCCUUUAAUAACCCCUAAAGGCUUGGCUUUAGCCUCUGGAAAUAAGCAGACCAAAGCAAUCACAGAGCAUCCCCAGUCCCCGGGUGUCAGGAACCUAACAACUGGGUCACUCAGUAAACUCCAGUGUGAGGUUUGUGUUCCGUUCUGCAUAAACUUAACACACACAUGAACUGAACAGCAGGUCGGGACCAUUAAACAGAAGCAGGCGGGGCACUGGGCAGUCACAGAGCAUUUCUCAAUGUUAGUUUCCUAAUGUAUGGUUAAGAGGCAUGACGCAUGCACACUGAGAGGAAAGAAAAGAGGCUGGGUCCCGGUCAGUAGAGUGCUUGCCUAGAUUCCAUCCUUCACAUCACAUGACUAGACAUGGUUGUACAUACUUGUGACAGAGGCAGGAGGAUAGGACAUUGAGUGUAUCCUAGGCUAAACAACAAACUGCAAGCCAGCCUGGCCACAAAAGAAAAGCCCAUGCAGACAUAAUAACAUCAGCAGCUAAACCAGGGCCACGGAGCUGUGGUGAGCUGGGUAGGAACAGCAGCAACUACAGAGCCACUGCCCUGGGCCAGCACACUCUGGUGAGCUCUGUGCACUCUAACUCCACAGGGACCUGCGUGGUCAUGGGAGCACUGGGAAGAGGCUCGGCUGAAAUAAAUACUGUAAAAUAAUAAUAAUGUUUUGACCAUGUUAGAACUAUUCUAAUUCAGAAGAGAGGAUCAUCUGUGUAUUCUUGAGAGGAAACUAAUUCACUUUGGCUAAUGUCAGUGUUUGAACAGAGGUGUAGGGAGGGAAGUGGGAGCAGGAGAGGUUCGGGGUUAGUGGGGUCUGCCUGUCUGUGUCUGGGAGAGGUAUGGAAUAACCGAUCUAAAGCAACUGUAACUGGCUUGGGAAGUGGGGCCCUUCAUUUGGUGCUGAUUCUAGGGAGUUUCUUUUGGUGUGGUCAUAGGCAUGAUCAACUACAGGCUGCCUGUAGCAGAGUACAGCUGUGAGUGUGUAGAACACAGAUUAUUUUUAAAGUCCAUUACACUGCGUACUCUGUGUGAGCAUGGCGGUGUCAUGUUGUGAAAGUAAAGGGUUGGUCUCUCCUAGUACAGAGAUUAGGCUGGUAACUCCUGGCAGAGGGAGAUCGGUGGGUACUUUCUCCCACUUCUUAAUCUGUGAGGCUCAUGAGAGAUGAUGAGAGAGGUUCCUGUCACUCAUUCGACAGUACCAGGUACAAACUCCUUCCUGAGGAGCAGGCAACAGAUCUAAGCAGAAUGCAAGUGGCUGACCUAUGCCACUACGACUCCAGUGUUCUCGCCUUGCCUGGCAGGCUGGUAUUACAGUCUGCAAGUCCAUAGCUGGGUAAGACUGUUGCUGCCACCAUCACCCCAGCUGUCUGUGUAGCAACGUCUGACACUGUGAAAGGUAGAACAGAGAGGAGACUUUGAGCUCAGCUCUAUCUUGAUUCCUACAGGCAAAGUACAUGGUAUCUAAAGCAGUAAUGACUUACUGUCUGGUUCUGAUGAGCAGCGAUGAGCAGUGACCAACCUGUAGUGUUGUGGAGCCUUAUGGGUAGGCUGUGUUACCUAGGUCUUUGAAUGAGACCAUAGAAGCUAGCCCUGAGAAUCCUACAUUUUCAUCAGACACCCCAGAACAUAGACAACCCCUCUGUGGGUGAUCCCAGCAUGAGGUGGGCUGCACAGUCUGAUGUUAUUAUUGGGUGAGGAGAUUCCCUGAGACCCCUGGUCAUGUCAGAAUCUACCUGGAGACCUGUGGAAGGGAGGAGCCUCCCAGGCCAGUGUCUUCUGUACCCAGACAUAGUACAGCCUUGUGUUUGGAGCCCACUGGCUUUUACCAGAACUGUAAGAUGGGUGGGGAAACAUCUGUAGGUGACUGUUUUUUGAGCACGCACUUUAAGAGAAACCAGAUUCAGAGGGUGCUUGUUCACGGGGCUGGCUUCCAGCCAGCAUUCUCAGGACCAGCCUCUGGGUUAGGAGCUGCCACCUCUCCCACAUGCUUUCCAUGAAGUACCUGAGGGUGCUCUGGUUGAGACCACGCUCAGAGCAACUGUGAGCAGGGUGAGGCGAUGGUGGAAGGUCUGGGAGGAUGUAGGGACAUUCUGCUCUUCUCCAUGUUCGUUGGUCAGUCAGCACCAAGGGGCACUAUGGAAUAGCUUCCAAGGGUGUUCUUGUAAUGAAGCAGUCUGUGUUGGCCUAAGCUCCUGUUAGCCCGAUCUUCUGGAUCAGGGUCUGGCUUGUAGCACUUGAUUCAAGAACAGGGAAGACACAGGCUUGUGGUGGAACCAAACCCACACUGGUCACCACAGAAGGCUUUCUUCUCCAGACUGUUUCUGGGGACCUCUCAGGACAAAGCCUGGGGCAGGCCUUCCAGCAGCUCUUACUACCUCCUCGGGUGCCAUUCCCAUCGCUGGUCUCUUUGGCAGUCUCUUGUCUUUCCUAUCUUUAAUACUCUAGACGCUUCCUGAAGGGGCAGCUGAGACACCCAGCCUCACCUGCAGCCUCUAUCUCCAUCCCUUCUGCCUCCCCUUGACUCUGUCUUGCCUGCCUUCCAGGCGGUGGAAGCCGGGCAUCCUAGCAGUAACGUCCUACACGGACCUUGGCUUGUGAAGGUUUAGGCAGUUGAACUGAAUUAUGGUCUGAGAGGUGCCGUAAGGACGUGUUUGAUGAUGUAUUCAUCGCCAGGGUUGGUCACUGAGACAAAGACCUUAGUGCAGAUUAGUACAGUGAGGAGCCCGGUAACAUGGGUGGUGUCUGUGGCAGCUGAGCCAGGCUGGAGGAAGAGCCGCCUGGGAUGCAUCUUAAGAGUUUGCCAGGCUCUCCCUCCUAGCAGCAGGUGGCAGUGAGCCAAAUGGUGUGUAAAACAUAAUGGAAGCGGGGAAUAACUCGGUCAGUAAAGCCUGAGGACUGAAGUUAGGAUCCCCAGGAUCAAAGCCAGGCACAGCAGUGUGCCCUUGUAUUCACAGCACUAGAGAGGUGGAGACAAAGGAUCCCCGGGGCUCACUGACCACCCAGACUAGCUGAAUUGGUAAGCUUCAAUUCAGUGAAAAAAAAAACCUGUCUUUAAAAUUAGGUCGAGAGGCAUCUGAGUUGACCUCUGACCUUCACAUGCACAGGCACAUGCAUAUACAUGUACACAUAUAGGAAGGUGCACACACACACAAAAAGUAAUGUAUUUUCCUUCUCAGAAUAACUGUGUAUAAGAUCAUGAGCAGGGCUUUAGUGCCUCAUAUGCGUGUGUUUGACACCAUGGGGAGUCGCUGCUUCUGUGUCCUGAUUGGCCUGUAUCAAUUUCCCAGCUGGCCAAACUCACCCUCAUUGAUACUCUCCACGAUUGAUAUGUCUGGUCCCUUCCACGAUUUUCGGUUGUCUUCACACGGGCCUGGCCAUAUCACUCAUCACAUUCCUGUCGUCUGUCCUAAUGACACACGUCACUGCUUAAGGUCCAUGAUUCUUUGCAAGGCCUACAUCUUCCCUCUUUGGAAUGUGUCAGGGCAGGGCGGCGGAAGCAGGGACCCUGCCCAGCUCACUGUGGCCCGUUAGGCAGAGCAUUGCACUGGGUUAAGUCGGCUCCCCAGACUGUCAUCUUUGCACCCCACUGUAGCAAAAGACAGAUUGAACCCAAUCUGUGCUCAGGUUUACACAGGCUGUCCGGUCUACUCAGCAGCGCUAGAGAAGCCCUCUGAGGGGUGUUGUAUGCUCAUUGGAAGGUUGAAUGGAAGGUUCCUUGAAAGUGGGAAUGGAGAAAGUUUUCCAGUAGUUUCCAGGCCACCCUCUGGAGAUGUGCAGUAUUGCGGCAGGGAGGGCACAUUAAUGUCAAGUAGGAUCAUUAGUGUGUUCUCCCUUCAGAUGUGGUAGAUGGAUCUUAGCUGCAUGAUGGAAGAAAACGGUGGUGCCGUAGAGUUGUGGGCAGCAGCACACCAUGCAGUAAUGACAGCCUGCAAGCCUCCAGCCUCCUUGGAGGACAGUUGAAUAACGUCAGGAAUCCCAUUGUACUGCCUUUUGAACCAGCAGUGCCACACGCAGGAACUUUUCCUAUGUAUAGAAACUUUUAUUAAAGCAAUGUUUGUAAUAACAUGCAGUUAGAAACUACCAUUAGAUCAGAAGAGAGAUGAAGAAGCACGACCCAUCUCUACAGUGGGGCCCUUUGCAGACACGUAAACGAGCAGACUCUGUGUAUUGCCAGGGAACGUUCCAGGGAUCUUGGAGCCACGUGGUUUAGGUGGGGGAAGAAAACAUGCAUGACCAUGAAUGAGAUGCUAGCGUUUGGAAUAGAGAUAAAUACAUGUAGGUGUGUGGGUGCCUAUGUGCGUGUGUGCACCCACACAUGCGCCUGUGAUGUGUCUGCUUGCCUGUUCCCGGACUGUCUCUGAGAAGUGACACAGUAGCCUCGGUUGCUGCUCAGAAGAGGGUGGAAAUGACUUUUCACCGUUUGCCUUUUGUACUCGGGAAUUUUGUACCAUGUACAUGCAUUACCUACUCAAAAAUAAAUAGUUUUUGAAGUUUAA